AAGCAAGACUGAUUGGAGUUAGUUUACAGAUGAUGUUUACAGCGCACAAGUUCUGUGCGUAAAUCGAAACCAGAGUUCAAAAUCUAAAAAUCCCUUAUGUUAGAUUUUUAACAUUUUGCUCGGUUAAAAUAAGUAGAGUUUUUAAUUCAGGAGUAACAAAGAAAGAAAAAUGUUUGGUGCAAAACCAACAGGAUUUUCUUUUGGAUCUGGCAAUGCUACAUUUGGUGCAAGUUCUACAACCCCUUUUGGAGCAGGGAACACAUCAACAUUUGGAACUGCAGGCAAUAAAACAUUUGGAGGAACGCCAGCAUUUGGUUCCCAGACCCCAAACACAGGAGGCACCAGCUUAUUUGGUCAGCAGAGCACGUCUCAGACAGCAGGCUUGUUUGGCCAGCAGAGCACAGGAGGGGCCUUUGGCAGCACCCAGUCAUCAGGGUUUACAUUUGGUGCUACACCUGCCACCAACCCUGGAGGCAGUAUGUUUGGUCAGCAGAGCACGGCACAGACAACAGGGGGGUUGUUUGCCUCACCUGUGUCCAACACAAGUUUUGGAGCCAAAACUCCAGGAUUUGGAGGAUUUGGUACGAACACUUCAACAUCUGCAGGAUUGUUUGGAGGAAGUCAACAAACAUCAACUCUUUUUGGUAACCCAGGUGCUAGUGCAGGUUUUGUUCAGACAGCUCCGAAUGGAACGACUGUCAAGUUCAACCCUCCCACCAGCCAAGAUACAAUGGUCAAGAAUGGAGUCAGCACAAACAUCAAUACACGGCAUCAGUGCAUCACCGCAAUGAAAGAGUACCAAAGCAAAAGUCUAGAGGAGCUCCGAGUGGAAGACUAUUUGUCAAAUCGCAAAGGGAAACAGGCUACUACUGGGUUUGCAACCCCAUCAGCUUCUGGAACAUUUAAUCCAACUCCAGCCUCAACUGGUACAUCUUUGUUUGGACAACAGCAACAGCCACAACAGCCACAACAACAAAGUACAAGUUUAUUUGGACAAAACAAACCUUUGUUUGGAGCUUCAACUGCCACCGGAACAUCGGGCUUCUCUGGCUUUGGCACCACAACUUCAACUCCAAGUUUGUUUGGCCAGCCAACUCAAAAUAAGCCUCUCUUUGGUUCUACACCAACUACCCAGGCUGCAGGCUUUGGGGGAACAAGUGCAGGAUUUGGGGGAUUUGGUGGCUUUGGAAGUACUAGCACUGCAGGUUCAAGUCUGUUUAACUCAAAGCCAGCAUUUGGAACCACCACCACUGCGGCCAGUGGUUUUGGAGCACCUGCCAACAAUUUGUUUGCCAAACCAACCACAGGACCCAGCCUCUUUGGAAGCACAUCCCAGCCCACCAGCUUUGGAACGACCAGUGGAUUUUCCUUUGGAAGUACUGCUGGAAUAGGAGGAACCAGCACAGGAGGGUUUGGAGCUAAGCCUCCACCAUUUGGAGGCACCAGUACCUUUAACUUAGGCCAGACUUCUGGGUUUAGCCUCAGUAAACCAUUUGGUGCCAGUACAGGAAUCGGCACAGGAUUUGGACCAGGCUUUGGUAUGAGUACAAGUUUGUCUCAAGGUGGCGCUUCAACUACCUUAAGCUCAGCUGCCCCUCAAGCAGCAGCAGUUCCCAAUGAGAUUCAAAUCAAACAGCAGUUGAUGGCUCUGGCUAGCUCCCCAUACAGUGAUUCCCCAUUGUUUUGGAAUCUGAAGCCAAGUGACAAGAAAAGGGAAGAAAUCUUGAAACCGACAAACCCCUCGGCCCAGAAAGCUGUUCUGUCCAAUCAGUAUAAAGUCAGCUCCAGACCAACAGCCAAAAUGAAACCCAAAUCAUUGCACAACAUGCUCAAUGGCUCAAAGAACCACAUUUUUGAGGGCUUGGAAGAUGAUGACUUUAGUGGUGGAAAUGAAAGCUUCAUGCCAAAGAAGAGCAUCAAGAAGUUGGUGAUCCGAAAAGGUAGCUCCAACUCCAGUUCACCUAGCCGUGCCUCAUCAGUGUUGGGAGAGUCAGAGAAUCACAGUGUUAAUGAAGCUGACCUCACACAGAAUGGGAACUCAUUCUUGCAUGACAGACUAGAGAAAGAGCAGAGAAUUCCUGAGGUCCACAUUCCAUCAAAACCUAUGUCAGAAAACUUUGACGACACAAUAUCGCAAUUGAAUGUUCAUAAACGAGUUCCUAUAACAUCUAAAUCUCCGGAUGACACGGAUCUCAGUCUGAAUCAAACAGUAGAUGAAAGCAUCGAGAGACCUACCACACCUCCACCACCUAACUUGGCAGGUAUAGUCCUGACUCGUCCUGGGUACUACACAAUACCCUCAGUGGAGGAGCUUUGUGAGCUAGUGGAUGAGAAUGGAGACUGUUUUGUGGAUGGCUUUACUGUUGGGAGGGAGGGAUACGGAAGCAUAUUCUUCCCCGGACAGAUCAAUGUAGCCAACCUCAAUCUGGAUGAAAUUGUGCAUAUUCGACGUAAGGAGGUCAUCGUGUACCCAGAUGAUGAUAACAAGCCACCCGAGGGUGAGGAGUUGAACAGGAAGGCAGAGAUCACCCUAGACUGUGUGUGGCCCACAGAUAAAACAACUCGAUCCUACAUUAAGGAUCCAGAGAGAUUAAAGACCUUAGGAUACCAUGAGAAAAUGGAAGAAAUUACAGCUCGCAUUGGUGGCAGGUUCUUGGACUAUCGACCAGAAACUGGCUCAUGGGUGUUUGAGGUGAAACAUUUUACAAAGUAUGGUUUGGAGGAGAGUGACGAGGAAGACUUGUCUGCCCUUGCUCAAAUGAAGGCAACGAGUCAGAAAUUGCAAAAGACGAUUAAGUCUGGACCUACAUUGGAAGGGGAGAGGAAACCUCCUGCAUCCUCGGUGAGAGAAGCACCUGCUCCACAGCCCCAGGACACGGCUGUACCUAUGACAGACGAUGAUAUCGAGGGUCUCCCUGAUAUAUCACAGGAGACGGCCCCCGAUAGCAUGGUUGAGGACUACUCAGGUGAGGGAUACGAGGAGGAGAUGGAGGAGCAGCCUUCCUCCCAUCGCCUCGCCCAGAGUAUGGGAGUCAGUGCCCAGAACAUGCAGGUCAUGAAGGCCUCCUUCUUCCACGAGGAGGAUGUACCACAGCAGCCAGAUGUAUUGAGUUCAACUCGUCUAGAGGGAAAGCGAGGACCAAGCAUGUUUAGUUCUGCCUACAAGAAUUCUUUUAUGUCGCCUGUAAAGCUUUCCAGUGUUCCAAAAAGUGCCAAUAUUGAAAAAGAAAGGGGAGCUUUUCCCCCUCGGAUAGUGACUCCCGAGCCAAUCCGGCCGGUUAAGUCUAAAUAUCAGAUGCCUCCAGUGGAUGAACACCAGCCCAUUCCAAGCGGGAUGAAGUCAGAUGAUCUUCCUCGAAGGAUUGUUGGAUCACGGAUAGCAAGGGCUAUCCCAGAGUUCAACAAAUCCAACAUGUAUGAUAAGCAGAAUGUGAUCUGGGAUGCAGGUCUAAUCCAUGGGCGGUCAUUCCGUGUAGGGUGGGGCCCAGGGUGGACACUUGCUCAUGCUGGGUUAACUGUCACUGACAGAAGCACAGGAGCAGAAGAAACUUCUUUCUCCAUGUUAUCAGGUUCAAGAAAAAGGAAAAUUGGCCAAACAAAUUGGAAUGUUGCUCUAGAGAAGCUAAAUGCGACAUCUUACUUCCAACCAGAUGACCCAAUAGUAGUGCGUAACCACGAAGAGUUGCUGUCCAUUCAGCUGGAACAUGCAGGGAGAGAUGUGGAGGAGGGGUGUCCUGUCUUUGCCCCCAGGGAUGGGGAGGUGUCCCUACAGCACAUAGUGGAGCGCAUCAAGCAGGACAAAAACGAUACAGAGGGACAUCCAGACCAUGCCAGUGUUAGCUACGCAGAAACAAUCUGGAACCUGUGUGCUGCUUUGUUUGGAACGCUACCAGAUGACAUUGUGAAUAACUAUGAGCUACAGAAUGCUAGGAGAGAGGCAGUUUCUAGGUGGCUUUCUUCUACAGCCAGGGACAAAAUCCAAAAAGAGAUUCAUGAAGCCAAAUACAAGGGAAAGAAUCACCUGCCUGCUUUAUUUGCUCACCUGACAGGUAGACAGGUAGCAGCAGCCUGCAGCCUGUCCCAGAAGAGUGGGGACACACGGCUGGCAUUGGUCCUCUCACAGUGCAUGGGUAGUCCCUAUCCCAAACAUUUACUGGAUAUGCAGCUCAAUGAAUGGGCCGAGUUAGGGGCCUACAAGUUUAUAGAGGAGCUGAGACUAAAGCUGUACGUUCUCCUUGCUGGUCGUAUGGUGUGGCAGACUCCUCAAUCUGUCGUCAACACUUGUAUGGACUUGGACUGGAAGAGGGCUUUUGCACUUCAUUUAUGGUACAUGUGCCCUCCAACUGCACCAGCCCAGAUCACCAAAGCUCUGGAGGAGUAUGAAAUGGGUUGUAGUGGAGAUUCACCCUUGGGGAUGUAUUGUAGCCCUCCAUUGCCACCAUAUCUAGAGGAGGAUCAAAUGGGGGACACAGAAAAUAUCCGAGAUACUGCAUACCAUUUGCUCAAGUUAUACUCGGAAAGGACCUAUGCCCUUGAAAGUCUUUUUAAUCCUAGAUCUUCAACUGCAAAUCACAUGGACUAUAGACUCAGCUGGCACCUGCUGCAGGUACUCCAGUCAGUGCAGGCCCAGUAUCGCCAUCUGUCGGCCUACAACACCACCUGUCUACACCUCAGCUUCGCCGCUCAGCUCGAGUCCAUAGAAAUGUGGGAGUGGGCGGUCUUUGUAGUCCUACAUCUGGAAGACAGAAGAAGUCGAGAGUGGAGGACGCGAGAUCUGUUACACAGAUAUGUCUCGGUAGAGGAAGAGUUCAAUGAACAGGAAGUCUUUGUCAGAGAAAAGCUUGGUAUACCAGUCGAAUGGAUUCACUACGCAAAGGCUCUGAAAGCUCGGAAUGAUAGAAAUCACCAUGCUGAAGCCGUUCACUUGCUGAACUCAAAGCGAUGGAAUGAGUGUCAUAAAGUCUUGCUGUGCCAUUUGUCAUCAGAUGCCAUUAUUAAUGAAAAUCAUGGCUACCUGCAUCGAUUUCUGGUGGAGUUGGCCCCACAUGACAGGUGUAAGCAGAUCGUGGACUGGUCUGCUGGGGGUCAGGUGUUGCUGGAUUACAUCACACUGGUCAGCAAACUGGAACAAAUAAAACUAGACAUCGAGAGAAAUGAGCAGGGAAGAGGUGUAGCUGUUGAUAGUUUACGGACAGACAUUACAUCAUUAUGUGACAGAAUAUCUAAUUUACCUUGUUACCAAUCCAGAGACAGGCUGUGCCAGUCAGAGAUAUCUAAGAGACUGUCUGUUCUCUUCCACACCAUUCUUAAUUUACAAGGAGAUCAAGACCUCUCUGUCAGAUUAAUGGCACCCUACAUAGGACAGUUACCAAUGCCAGAAGAUUACAGACUGCAGGAACUGAGUAGUUUGACUCGCAAUUUCUCAGCCAGUUAUUUAAGGCUAUAAACUGAAAAGAAAGACUUUUAAGUAAUUUAAACAGUCAAACUCAUCUUGAAUCUAUGUGCAAACUGUACUCCAAAGGGAUGAAUGCCUGUUCUUUGUAUGAGAACAUGUGCUGUUGCAGAUUUUAUCAAUUCCCCUAUGUUCAGAAUGUUUGUUCAUUGAAGGUAUAGAAGAAUUGAGUGUCAAGUGUUGUGGAAAUGGGAGAGAAGUGAUAUUGUUUAUGAGAAAUAGGGAGAAUUACCGGUACUCAUGACUUUCAAAAUGUCAAUGGAAAUUGAAAGCACUUCAUUAAAUCACAGAACAGCUGAAUGUUGUGAAUAUUUACAUGUAUGAACGUUAUUGUUUGUAUUGAUAAAAUAAAAAAAAAUGAAUGAAAUUCU